CGUACAAGGCAGCCGCUGCCGCCGCUGGACUACUUCGCCCUCGCGCCGCUGCCUCCCGCCCCCGAUUCCCCUCGCGACUGCUCUGACUGCACUCUCGCAGAUCUCGCCGGCGACUCUACCCGACACGCCCCGCCCCUGCCCGGCGCCACCGCGCCCAGCCCGCAGCCGCCCAGUCCGCACUCGGCGGUAGGCGGCCGGCGCGCGGCGUUGUGCAGCUGCAGCAGGCCAGCAGCCAGCCGCCCAGCCCGAUUUGAGCUGCCGGUUCCUCUCUUACGAAUUCAGGUGUAAUAGCCCGCAUGAGGAAUUCAGAGUACUACACAAUUUCAUCAGCUAUCCUCACCUGUUACAGCCGUGGGCAGCCUCUGAAUCUUGAUGCACAUUCCCUUCGUCAGGGCUGCCGGCCAUGACAUUUGCUUGCCGUGCUCCUUUGUACAGUAGAUUGUAAUGUACCACUGCUGAAUUCUCUCCAGGAAUGUCACUACUUACUACUGAAUCAAUUGUUUCAGUUUGGGUCAAACAAUUGAUACACUGUUCUCAUUUUUCGAAUCAAUAAAUGUCAGUGUCAUAUUGAAGAACAUAAUGUCAAUCAGGACCACACGACUACAUAUUAUAUGCAUCAAAUGUGGAAGACUGAACACAUGGGCUGUCUUCUUUGAACUUUUCAAGGGUGGACCACCCUGUUUCCAAAUCCUAGAUCUGCCACUGGUGAUGAUGGCCAUGACGCUGCUCGCCGGCGCCGUGGGGACUGCCGGAGCCGUGUCCCCUCAGCCUGACUCCGACGCAGGGGCUGUGAUGGCUGUAUUCAAGUACAACUUUGCGGCGCAGUUCCUUUCGAGGAUCAUCCCCUUCCUGUACAACGGCUGGUUCGUGCGCCAGCUCAACGCCGACGACUGCGCGGCAUAUGCAUUGCAGCUUCCACUUUUCAUCAAUUGUGUCUUAUUUUUAAGCCGGGAGGGGUUUCGGCGUGCUUGCUUGCGUAAUAAUUCUGGGAGUGGUGAUGUGUUAAGUGACGAAGAGAUACUGAAGGUAGCUUGGAUGAUCAUCCCGUUUGGCUUGUUUGUGACUUUUAUCGGCAGUCUAUUUGUGUUGAGAAUAAAGAAACUGAAGUUAUCUGACCCUUAUGCAAAAGCUACAUUGAUCAUCGGAUUGGCAUGUAUGUUGGAGCUACUGGCAGAACCUUUGUAUAUUCUUUCCCAAACAAAGAAAUACUACAUAAUAAGAGUGUAUACCGAACCUACAGCUACUCUGCUACGUUGCCUAACAACUUAUAUCUUCAUAAAAGGACAUAUUAAAGUGGAGAAGCUGGUCGUAUUUGCUUUGUCUCAGGUCAUUUAUGCAGCCUGCAUUUUCAUUGGAUAUUGGACAUAUUUUCUUUUAUUUGCUAAUAUCAGAACUUUUGAUCUCCUUCCAUUCAGGUUGUCAACCCUGAUGGUCUAUGAUAAACAGUUAUUGCACAUGUGCAUAUUGUUUACAGGCCAGACUAUCAGGAAGCUGAUCCUCCAAGAAGGCGAAAAAUUUGUUCUUGUUUGGUUUGAUACUCCAUUUAACCAGGCUGCAUAUGGUCUUGUGGAUAAAUUAGGAAGUCUGGUUGUUAGAAUAGUUUUCCUGCCAUUUGAGGAGAGUUCUUAUGCUACAUUCACCCAGUUAGCAUCAGGGCAAACUCCUGAGAAUGUAUCCAAUCUGGAAGGUUCUUUGCUCGGAGCUCUUAAACUUAUUACGCUGAUAGGUCUCGUGGUCAUUUCUUUUGGUCCAAGUUAUUCAUACACCCUUCUGAAUCUACUAUAUGGAAGUAGAUAUAGUGAUGGCGAAGCUACAGCUGUCCUCCGUUACUAUUGUGUUUACAUAAUCUUCUUAGCAAUGAAUGGCACUUCUGAAGCUUUCCUUCAUUCUGUUGCCAAUGAAAACCAGCUUAAGCAGUCAAACAAUAUGUUGCUCCUUUUCUCAGCAAUUUAUACUGUUCUAAAUGUUGCUUUUAUUAAAUCCGCCGGAGCUGUUGGGUUGAUCGCUGCAAAUUCUGUCAAUAUGCUACUGCGAAUCUCAUAUUCUGCAGUAUUCAUCAACGAGUAUUUUAAGGGCUCAUUCUCCUUCUACCGCUGCUUGCCAGCGGGCUGGGGCGUUCUGCUCAUUUCUGGUCUGACCACAGCUUUCUCCGAGAGGAUGUUUCUGAAUAGAAAUAGGUUCAAGCAGACCCUUCCCAUUCACAUGGUGAUAGGCAUCAUGUGCCUGGGCUUCUCAUUGCUUGAGAUAUAUCGUGGUGAAAAGCAGUUCUUGAUGAGCAUCGUCAAAUCGUUGAAGGGCCACGACAAACACACAUGAACUUAUAUAUUUGGGACAAGUGAAUUUACCCCAGAUAUAUAACUGAUAUUGCCAUACAACAUACGUGUUGCAAAUACAUGUAUACUGGGUAGAGUACCCAAGAAAGGAGCUGGACCCAGCAGCUGGAGAGGCUUCUUAAAGAACAAAUCAAAUUGACCGAAAUCAUAGAUCGCCGCUCUGCAGAAUUGAAUUGCUGUGACAAGUUAUAGAGGCGACAUAAAGCAUAGAUCAUCUGGGUAGAUAGGUGAUAUAUUCUGUAACUUUUCUACAUCGGACUUGUUAAGAUUAAAUUGCCGCAUGGUUGCCAGAAUUUACCAUGUUGUGCCAGUCAGGUUUAUUUACCUGAGUUUCGAUGCAGAACUUUACAAAAUUUUCUUAAUUGUUUAACUAGUCAGCUGGGAAUGAAUUGUGUGGUAAUGAUUUUAUGUCUGACGAUUGUGCAAUUUCAAGUAGUUGAGUGGAUCAACUCCUUAAUUUCAUAAUGGACAUGUUAUAUCAACAACUA